UUACAUUGUUGAUGUUUAGGAAGGAAAUCCAGAACACAGAAGUGAUGCAUUAGAACGAGGCUGCAUAACGACAGUGAGCUGAACUGACCUUAAGCAGAGACUAUGGUUUUGUGGUCAUAUCCACCUACAGCACGGCAGUUAGCCAUAACUGCCGGUGCUUUUAUCACCGGUGCUUCAUUAUUUGCUGUUGGAGCUUAUCUUUCUGUAGUAAAUAUAGGUCCUCAGCAAGCUCGGGCAAAAGCUCGCAGUGAAUUAAUCAAGAAGCAUCUCCUUAAGAUGUUUGAUGAUUGAUAUGGAUAUUUUACUUCACUGGCUCUUCUGCUCCAUCAUCUCUAGUUCUAACUCUUUGGCAUGGAGCUCGAUUUCCUUGAUACCACAUUUGGUGGAACAUCUGGCCGUUUUUGGAUUUUUGUGGGAUCAUAAAAUGGAGAUAGACACAAUGGUAGUCCCAGUAAGUGGUGGUUGACGUUUGCGAAGAGGUCAUUUAUGAAUAAAAUUUGUUCCUUGUACUGUUGUGCUGUAGAAACUAUGCUUGAAUCAAAGGACUCGGAUGAUGGAGACUUUUUUUUCUUGUUUCAUAUGUAUCUGAGCUCUUUCACAGUUCUUUUGGUUGUUUUCCCAAAGGUACUUGUCAUAUAUAGGUGCAUUGGUCAAAAUAGUGAAUGGAGUAAGUGCAUCACUCACACAUUCAGCUUUAUGUUCAUCAACUUUUGGACCGGACUAGUAAUUCUUUGGCCGUUACGAAGUUCGCUUGCGUUUCUUCAUCUUCUCCUUCGCCGCCCAUGAAUGACACCAGAAGAGGAAGGAAAACACUAAACUGGUGCAAAAAUUCUCGGCUUUAUGCAGAGAAUCGCAAAUGUUGCGGCGUAAAUCAUCCUGAAGAUCAGAGUCGUGGUGCAUAUGAAUUUACAGCCAUGACAUUACUAGCAUACCCAGAUUUCACAGGCGUUGCAAAUGCUCUGUCACGCAUUAAUGUGGAAGAGAAACAAGGUAAACCUUACAGAAGUCGCAGCUAAGAAUCAACGUGGCAGCGUAAUGUUCACAGGCAUUUCCAAAAAUCUGUUAAGUAAUACCUUGAGAAAUGUGUAAAAGAGCCUCUCAAUAAUACUCUUCGGCAACUUGGAAAAGGUCAAAGUCUCGGAGUCCGUUAACACAAAAGCUAAAGGGAGCCGAUGCUAGAGAAGAUACAAAUAUAAGUUCUUUUCUCCUGCUUCUUCUCAAUUCUUUAGCUUAGGGAUGCAAACGUGUAAUUCUGGUUUGAUGUUUGCUUUUCACAUAUGUUUUCAGAACCCUGACUAGGGUAGGAGAAAUAGCCCUGUGAGGGGUUAGGUUAACUUUACUUCCGCUACUUUGAACAAUUAAAGAUUGCUACAUCAAUACAUGCUUUUAAUCCAGUUAACUUUCUAUGUCAUAUGAUUGGUGA